AUGGAUUCGGCUAGUAGCAGCGCGCGGACGGUGGCGGCGUGCGUGAUCGGCGGGAUCGUGCUGGGUGCCUCGGUGGUCGCGCUGCACCUCGGCGCUGGCCCCGCGGCCCCGAGUCUACCACCGGUCGAGGCCCUCCGGCGGCGCUUCCGCCGCCGCCGCCGCCCCGUGCGGGUCUACAUGGACGGCUGCUUCGACAUGAUGCACUACGGCCACUGCAACGCGCUGCGCCAGGCGCGGGCGCUCGGGGACGAGCUCGUCGUCGGCGUCGUCAGUGAUGACGAGAUCACCGCCAACAAGGGACCACCCGUCACGCCGCUCCACGAGAGAAUGAAAAUGGUCCGUGCUGUCAAAUGGGUUGACGAUGUCAUUCCAGAUGCACCAUAUGCCAUAACCGAAGAUUUCAUGAACAAGCUAUUCAAUGAGUACAAUAUUGAUUACAUAAUUCAUGGUGAUGAUCCUUGCCUGCUACCAGAUGGCACUGACGCAUAUGCCCUUGCCAAAAAGGCUGGCCGAUAUAAGCAGAUUAAAAGAACCGAAGGAGUGUCAACAACAGACAUUGUUGGAAGAAUGCUUCUUUGUGUUAGAGAGAGACCAGUUUCUGAUAAUCAGAGCCACUCUUCACUACAAAGACAGUUCAGUCAUGGGCAUGGUCAGAAUAUUGAUGAUAGUGGAUUUGGAAAUGGAACAAAAAUAUCUCAUUUUCUUCCCACAUCUCGGCGGAUAGUUCAGUUCUCAAAUGGCAGGGGGCCAGGACCAGAUUCCCGGGUAGUUUACAUUGAUGGUGCAUUUGAUCUGUUCCAUGCUGGACAUGUCGAGAUAUUGCGACUUGCUCGAGGGCUUGGAGAUUUCUUGCUUGUGGGCAUUCACACAGAUCAGACCAUAAGUUCAACUCGAGGACCACAUCGCCCAAUCAUGAAUCUCCAUGAGCGCAGUUUGAGUGUUUUGGCUUGUCGUUAUGUUGACGAAGUAAUCAUUGGUGCUCCGUGGCACAUUUCAAAAGACAUGAUUACCACUUUUAAUAUUUCAUUGGUUGUUCAUGGAACUAUAGCUGAGAACAUGGACUAUACAGAGGACGAUUCAAAUCCAUAUGCUGCUCCAAUUGCUAUGGGCAUUUAUCAUAAGCUGGAUAGCCCUUUGGACAUCACCACUAGUACUAUUAUAAGGAGAAUAGUUUCUAACCAUGAAGCCUACCAGGUAACUACCCUGAAACUGGGUUAG